CCAACUACUACAACCACUACCCCAACAACCACGACACCAACGACAACAACCACUACCCCAACUACAACAACCACUACCCCAACUACUACAACCACUACCCCAACUACAACAACCACUACCCCAACUACUACAACCACUACCCCAACUACAACUACCCUACCAACAACCACAACUACCCCAACUACAACAACCACUACCCAAACUACAACUACCACCGGCCCAACUACAACUACCCCAACUACAACUACCACUACUCCAACAACAACCACUAAUACCCCAACUACAACUAACACUACCCCAACUACAACUACCACUACCCCAACAACAACUACCACUACCCCAACUACAACUAACCCAACGACAACUACCACUACCUCAACUACAACUACCACUACCCCAACGACAACUACCACUACCCCAACUACAACAACCACUACCCCAACUACAACCACCACUACCCCAACUACAACUACCACUACCCCAACUACAACAACCACUACCCCAACUACAACAACCACUACCCCAACUACAACCACCACUACCCCAACUACAACUACCACUACACCAACUACAACAACCACUACCCCAACUACAACAAACACUACCCCAACUACUACAAACACUACCCCAACUACAACUACCACUACCCCAACGACAACUACCACUACCCCAACCACAACUACCACUACCCCAACUACAACAACCACUACCCCAACUACAACUACCACUACCCCAACUACAACAACCACUACCCCAACUACAACAACCACUACCCCAACUACAACAACCACUACCCCAACUACAAGUACCACUACCCCAACAACAACCACCACUACCCCAACUACAGCUACCACUACACCAACUACAACUACCACUACCCCAACGACAACAACCAUUACCCCAACGACAACUACCACUACCCCAACUACAACAACCACUACCCCAACAACAACUACCACUACCCCAUCUACAACUACCACUACCCCAUCUACAACUACCACUACCCCAACUACAACUACCACUACCCCAACAACAACAACAACCACUACCCCAACUACAACAACCACUACCCCAAAAAUAACAACCACAACACCAACGACAACAACCACCUCCACGACCCCAACGACAACAACCACUACCCGAACUACAACUACCACUACUCCAACAACAACCACUACUACCCCAACUACAACUAACACUACCCCAACUACAACUACCACUACCCCAACAACA